CAAAUUCACAUUGGAAGAAUCACAACUUGCACGAAGUAGCAGAAAAAGAUCCAAACAGGAGGAACCUCACUGUUGGCCCUGAGGAAGGGCUUUAAUGGCUUUGCUUUCCACGAGGCAAAAGUUAGCUCCGCUCCAAAACGAGGCAGUAGGAGUACAUUUCUACUUGGCUUCUUUCUCAAUCUCUCUGUGUCCCUCUGUCUUUCAACAUGUUCGAAGGACUUGGCACUGAGUAGAAGAUGGGCAGUACAAUCUGAGCACUUCCCUUUUCCUCUGGAUACCCUCUUUCCCCAGUUUUCUCUUCGUUCCCGAGAUAGCCAUGGCAGAGCCAGAGGCAAUCUGUUUCUUCAAUAAGGAUCCUCUUUUAUUAAAGGCUUCUAAGAAAUCUCCAUUGUUAUCAAGAAUGGUAGUCUUAGUGUUUGCAAUGGUGUGUGGCGUUUAUAUCUACUCAGUCUGUCUAAAGCAGAUAAGCAUCUACACCAAGACUAGAAUUCUGAACGUCCAACUCAUUGAAAAUCCCUGCCAUGUUAACGCCAUGGGGCUAUCUGAAAUUCCCUAUGUCCAUUUCCCAAAUCCUGAAACUUUUAGCAGGGCUGAGUGUGAACAUAAUCCUGUACAGUUCUUUGCCAUCUUAUCGAUGCAGAGAUCAGGAAGUGGGUGGUUUGAAACCCUAUUAAAUAGUCAUGUUAAUGUGAGCUCCAAUGGGGAGAUAUUCUCUGUUAAGGAUAGGAGGAAAAAUAUUUCUUCAGUUGUACAGACUCUAGAUAAAGUUUACAACUUGGAUUGGUUCAGUAGUGCUUCCAAAAAUCAAUGCUCUGCAGCAGUUGGCUUCAAGUGGAUGCUUAAUCAGGGAUUGGUGGAGCACCAUAAAGAAAUAGCAGAGUACUUCAAUCGUAAGGGCGUUUCUGCAAUAUUUCUCUUCCGAAGAAAUUUAUUGCGUCGGAUGGUUUCAAUGCUUGCAAAUUCCUAUGAUCGAUAUGCUAAGCAAUUGAAUGGAACUCACAAGUCACAUGUACAUACACACGAAGAGGCUAAUAUACUCUCAGAGUACAAGCCUUUGAUAAACUCCAGCUCAUUGAUUAAGGAUCUGAAGGAUAUGGAGGUCACAACAGCCCAAGUUUUGGAAUACUUCAACAGCACUCGGCAUAUCAUUCUGUACUAUGAGGAUCUUAUGAUGAACCGCACUAAACUAAAAGAUGUUCAGGAGUUUCUAAAGCUUCCACUGAAGGAAUUGACAAGCCGUCAAAUUCGAAUACACAAAGGGCCAUUGUCGGAUCACAUCAAGAACUGGGAGGAUGUUAACAGGACACUUACUGGAACAGCUUAUGAGAGUUUUCUCUCCUCAGACUAUUAAACAAGGUCCUCCGCCGCUAACUCUUUAACUUAUUCUUACCCAAAUACGAAGCUGACAGGAUACUGGCCCUGGUUGGAAAUUUUUGUUUUUUUUGUUUUUUGUUUUUUUAAGGUUGUUUCUUCCCAAAGCAUCAAUCAAUCCACCGUUGAUGGUCAUGAGCCUAUACCAUUUCCUUCAUUUUCUUAUUGGUCAAAUAGAGGCCAUGUAUAUCUAAGAUAAUCAAUGUGAAUGAUCAGCAAUUGUUUAGUGCAAAUAGCUCUGAAUUUUCAGGUU